CUCAGAGCCGGGAAUCCCAACGUUCACAUAUCCUUCCAUCCUUUCUAUUUCUACAAAGGAACUCCCUCUCAGCUUUCCGAUUUGUUCCCAGAACCUCCGUUACUUCCCCCGAUGGGCUGCGAAACCUUGGCGGCAAACGCCGCCGUCUCUCCCUACGAUCUUCUAUUCCAAGCGCUCGCUCUCAUCCCCGUCUCCCAUUAUUUCGUGGCCGCUUUCUUAAUAUUUCUCAUAUUUCUAUACAAUUUUCUCGAGAUUCAUUUCCUUCGCGAUUUGCUCACUCUUUUCAGAGGCGACCCUGUUACCUUAACUUACAACUCUUGCUCCGACCUCUGCCAAUCAGUCGUUGCCAAGUGUAAGAUUCUUCACGGAAGGUACUCGGUGACUCCAUGGCUUUCGAGUCCUCAUCUUCAGACAGCUUUCUUGAAUAUUUUUGGACGGGCUCCUCCGGUUACUUAUAGACGACAUUUAUUCCGUGCUUUGGAUGGUGGAACAAUUGCUUUGGAUUGGCUAACUUAUUCUGAUGUUGUGGAAGGUACUUCCCGUGUAAUUGAUAGUUCCGCUGCUCCUAAAGGUGAUAAAACUCCGAUUAUGAUUGUGAUUCCUGGCUUAACCAGUGAUUCUUCGUCUGCUUAUGUGAAGCAUCUUGCCUUCAACAUGGCAAGACAGGGUUGGAAUGUUGUUGUAAGCAAUCACCGUGGGCUGGGAGGUGUAUCACUUACGUCUGAUUGCUGUUAUAAUGCUGGAUGGACGGAGGAUGUACGGAAAAUCAUUGAGCAUAUACGUUGUGAAUAUCCAGAAGCUUCUCUCUAUGCUGUUGGAACUAGCAUUGGUGCAAAUAUUCUGGUAAAAUAUCUUGGAGAGGAUGGGGCUAAUACUCCUCUUGUUGGGGCUGCAGCUAUAUGCUCUCCUUGGGACCUCUUGAUAUGUGAUAGGUUCAUCAACCGUAGACCUGUGCAGAAAAUAUAUGACAGAGUGCUAACAGUUGGCCUGCAAGGUUAUGCACAAUUGCAUCAGUCUAUCUUGUCUCGUCUUGCAGAUUGGGAAUGCAUUAAAAAGUCAAAUUCGGUUCGGGACUUUGACAACCAUGCUACUCGUGUUCUUGGAAAAUUUGAGACUGUGGAUGCAUAUUAUAGGCGUUCAAGCAGUACUAAUUAUGUAGAAAACGUGUCAGUGCCUCUCCUCUGUGUCAGUGCCUGGGAUGAUCCAGUGUGCACCAGUGAAGCUAUUCCAUGGGAUGAAUGUAGGGCCAAUGAAAAUAUAAUCCUAGCUACUACGGCACAUGGUGGACAUCUGGCUUUCUAUGAAGGGAUAACUGCAUCUAGCUUAUGGUGGGUAAGAGCUGUUGAUGAGUUCUUAGGUGUUCUACGCACUAGCCCAUUUAGAAGGCAGAAGCUCCAAGGUUCUACCUUGCCCAAGCCAGUGCAAUCUUCAAUAGAUCAGGGGCCUUAUUUAAAUGUAAUGGGAGAUGGAAUGGUGACGGCAGCAGGCAAUGAACCAAGAGAUAUUGUACCAGCGGACAUGUCAAAUGAGCAUAUGGUUCACAGUAAGAAAGAAGAAGACACAAUUUCAGGUCAAGGAACAAGCCCUGACUUGACAGAUGAAACAUACUCUAACAAGCACAUCAUGAAGCAAGCAGAACAAAAUGUCAAGGAUUUGAUUGUGCCUGUCCAAAGAUGUGUUGAUCAGCUUUCUCGCCGGAGUAGGCAAUCAAUCUGGUUGCUGGCAUACAUUGCCAUUAUAACAACUUGGCCGUUUGUUGGUUCUGUUCUUAUUUCAGUUCUCAAGAGAAGGUUCAAAACUUUUGUACCGGCUACAUUAUUUAAAAAAUAGAGUUACUUCUACUGCACUGAAUUCUACUCAAUCAUGAUUAUUAGUCCCUUUCGAGGGAUAAUAAAGAUGCUAACUGCAUCUUGAUUAAGAAGUAUGCACAGUGUGAAUUUUGCCGGAAAUCGGUGAUGAUUCCUCCAUUGUUGUAUCAGAAAAUAAUUUCCCUUUCUAUCUAAUCUAUCUUAUUCAUGUAGAAUUCAA